CCCCUGAACAUCAUCCAGCCCUCGGAGGCGCCGGUGGAGGAGGAGGAUUUCAAACCCAGGCCCAUCAUCCCCAUGCUCUACGUGGUGCCCAGGACCAAGAAGGUGGUGUUCGACAAGGAGCGCAUGUCCUGCCAGCAGGCCUUCGAGCAGUUCGCCACCCAGAAGAGCCUGGGCUGGAGGGAGCAGGCCGUGCCCCUGGACAUCCCUGGGAAGGAGGAGGAGAAUGCAGAGCCAGCAACCACAGAGGUCACUGCAGAGACUGCUUCUGCCUUCUCCAAAAUGAAGAUGGAGAUCAAAAAGAGUCGUCGUCACCCCCUGGGCAAACCCCCGACCCGCUCCCCGCUGUCCGUGGUCAAACAGGAGACCUCAAGUGAUGAGGAAACGUUUCCAUUUUCUGGAGAGGAAGAUAUGAGCGAUCCAGAGGCUUUGAAAUCUUUACUUUCCUUCCAGUGGAAGAAUAAAGCACUUAAUUUCCCAGCUGAAAGAAAAUUCAAUGCAGCUGCUGCCCUGAGUGAGCCAUACUGUGCUGUCUGCACCCUCUUCUACCCCUACAACCAGUCCUCACAGGUGGAUAAGGAAGCCGUCCCAGUCUCCGGAGGGGAACCGUCCUCCUUCAUCCACCUUUCCAAGUGUGGGCAGAAGACCAAGCCCCUGAUCCCAGAGAUGUGCUUUACCUCAAGUGGGGAAAACACGGAGCCCCUUCCUUCAAAUUCCUACAUUGGAGAGGAUGGAACCAGUCCCUUGAUAUCCUGUGCCAAAUGCUGCCUGCAGGUUCAUGCUAGCUGUUAUGGAAUUCGUCCAGACCUGGUGAACGAGAGCUGGUCUUGCUCGCGGUGCUCAGCCAACGCCUGGGCAGCGGAAUGUUGCCUGUGCAAUCUCAGGGGAGGAGCUCUUCAGAUGACCACUGAUGGGCGGUGGGUCCAUGUAAUCUGUGCUAUUGCUGUCCCCGAGGCCCGUUUCCUCAAUGUAAUAGAGCGUCAUCCUGUGGAUAUCAGCGCUAUUCCAGAGCAGAGAUGGAAACUGAAAUGUGUCUACUGUCGGAAGAGGAUGAAGAGGGUGUCGGGUGCCUGCAUCCAGUGCUCCUACGAGCACUGCUCCACGUCCUUCCACGUCACGUGCGCGCACGCGGCCGGAGUGCCCAUGGAGCCCGACGACUGGCCCUACGUGGUGUCCAUCACCUGCUUCAAACACAAAGCAGCAAACCAGAAUAUCCCAUUCCGAAGGGAGGUGGCCCUGGGGCAGACUGUGAUCACAAAGAACCGGAAUGGGCUCUACUACCGGUGCAGAGUGAUCGGCACAACCACGCAGACCUUCUACGAAGUCAACUUUGACGACGGUUCCUACAGCGACAACGUUUAUCCCGAAAGCAUCAUUAGCAGGGACUGCAUCCAAAUGGGACCCCCUCUGGAGGGGGAGCUGGUUCAGCUGCAGUGGACAGAUGGGAUCAUCUAUAAAGCCAAGUUUAUUGCAGCCCAGAUCAGCCAGAUUUACCAGGUCGAGUUUGAAGAUGGUUCUCAGCUAAUGGUGAAGCGUGGAGAUAUUUAUACCUUGGAGGAAGAGCUUCCCAAGAGAGUGAAGUCUCGCCUGUCCCUCAGCACUGGGGCCCCUCAGGAAGAUGUUUUUUCGGGAGACGAAGUGAGAGCGGCCAAGCGUCCCCGGCUGGGGAAUUCCAGAAAUCCUGAAGAAUAUGGACAGAACCCAGAUUACUUGGCCUUUAUGGAGAGCCUGUUGCAGACACAGUACCAGCCUGGGACUCAGAGCAACAUGUUUUAACCAGGAUUAAUUAAAAAAAAAAAAAAAUCUUAAAUUAACCCUUUUUUGAGUUCGUGGAAAAAAAAAAAUAAAUGGGAAACUGUGGAAUGGAAGACCAGCCCUGUGCAAUAGUUUGCUGUGAAUUUCUUUCAUCUCCUCUUGGUUUGGACUGCAGGAAAACCCUGUCUGGCUCCACGCUACCUCGACCUUGCCAGGUGUUGCUGACCAAGAGAGUGGGGAGCUUGGAAAAAAAAACCCUUCAGACAGCAUUUCCCACGGAGACUUUGGAAGAGUUUCUACAGAUGGAGCUUUGUGACUGGUUCUUUUUUUUUUUUUUUUUAAAUGAGGCUUGGAAAGGGUUAAAAUUUCACACACACACACACACACAAAAAAAAAAAAAGACUUUUUCAAACCUGUCAAACUUUUGUCUUUCAAGGUGCUAUUACAUUGACUACUGAAGCAGCCUUUGGAAUCGUGUUUUCUGUACAUAGACGUCACCUUUGUGAAGUUUUCUAUGAAUGAGCAUUAUUAAAAAAAAAAAACAAAAACCGCGAGCAAAAACGGGAAAACAAAAAGUUUCCACAAAGCAUUUUUCUAGAUGAUGGCUUUAAAAAACAGAAAAGAAAUUAAAUCCUCUUCCCCCCCCCUCCUCCUCCUCCUCCCCUCCAAAUGAAUCGUGACUGAUGUUACACCGGGGAGAGGGAGCUCGAGAACAGAUGUCCUGGAACGUUCUGGGUUCUUUUUUUUGUUUGUUUUUUUUGUAAAGAAACACUAUCUUCUUUGUAAGCUGGGGAAGAUGGGGAAAGAAAUGUUUCACAGCUGGGAUGUUUCUUACCUUGAGCUCUCUUAAAGCCCUGGCACAGACGUGGCCAUCACUGCCACGUCACCAGGAGGGCACUUAGGGCAGAAAUGGCCGGGUUUGGGUCGUUCUUGUCACCUUCCUUCCCCAUCUUUGCCAUCACAGUUGCUUUCUAGAUGGAGACCAGCAUGGCUUUCAGUUCCAAGAUGCCACUCUGUUUUUGGCAAGUGUUCUGUUGCUGCUUGUGUUAGUUCCUUCCGAGCCAUCCCCUUCCUGCUGCAGCCGAGAGCUCCGAGGGCUGCUCCGGCCCUCUGCUAGGCACUUCUCCCUUAGGAACCUUCUCCUUUUCUUUGUCUCCUUAUUUUUAUUUUUUAAUUAUUAUUAUUAUUUUUUUUUUUUUUGAGUUGUGCUCCUUUACAGUGUGAGAAUCAUUCCAUGACAGAAGCCUGGGAGGCGUUUGUAUGUUUUUCUUUUAUCCUAUUAAAGAAGAAAUUCCCCAACCGCCUUUGAUUGUCGUGACAUCCUUUCCUUGAGUAAAGACUGAGCCCUUUGAGUUACUCCCGGGGAAGAGGAAUGCGAGCCCUGCAUUUGACUGGACUCAGUUCCCUGAGGAUUGAAGGAGCAUUAAAGGCAAAACCAAACCCUGAAGUAUUGAGUGGGCAGCUCCCACUCGGACGCUCGGGAAUCACCUCCGGUCGAAGAGCUGUCGUGGAGCAGCGUUUUGGGAAAGAGCCUGAUCCAAACUGAAGUCACUGGAAAGUCUUCCACGUUCUUUGGAGGACCUCAAUCAAGUCAGAGGGAGAGAACAAGGCAGUGCUAGGACAGAGCUGGAGAAGGGAUGGGGUGGAGGUGGGCGAGGGCAGCCGGACCCUCCCCUCCCUGCCCGGAACGCCUCACUGCAAUCUUUGCCACUUAAUUCCCUGAAAUUACUGGAUGGAGAGAGAGAGACAAUAUUCUUGGGGUUUCAUUAUUAUUUUUUUAAGCCCCUUUGCAAGGUGGCCAUUGUUCUGGGGAGAGAGGCUUUUUAAGCAACGCUCUGGCUGGAUCUUGAAGGGAAUAAGUGGGAAGGAUUUGUGGGCUGGCAGAUGGUAGAUUAGCAUCUUAAGAGACUCCGUGGGUAUUAAACUGUCCUAGUGAAAGAGUGGAGAUAGAAUAAAGCAAUUUAAUUUUUUUUUCUUUUUUUUUUAAACUUUGGUUUUGUUCUCCCUUGAGAAUUGGAGUUCCCAGCCCUCCCUUCCUGCCUCUGCUACGGGUUAUUUUCUGUGUGUGCGUGGCUGCGCGUGCGUGUUUGUAAGACCUUGGAAAAACAGGGUUGUGUUUUGGUUUUUUGGUUUCUUUUUUUUGUUGGGGUUUUUUUUUUAAAUUUCUGAGUUUUUGACGUUUUUCAGUAGAUGUCUCCACCAAUAAAAACCAAAAUGAGACUAAUAAAAGUUUCAAAAAAUUGGCAAGGUUCUUCCAAGCCUCGGUUGUUCCUCCUCCAGAGCUGUCUCCUGUCGGUUAAAAUACGAUUUAAUAGAAAACUUGCUUGUAUAAAAGACUAAGAAUGUUGCCAGGCUACGAGAGAAAUAUUUAAAACAAUUGAAAGAGAAAUUUAACCAGCAGAGGAUUUUUUUUUUUGGAGGUGGGAGGGGAAGGGUGGGAUGGGAUGAGUGGUUGUUGGGGAAUUUCCUCUGCAUGUUUGAAAUCCUGACUGCAAUAGCACCAUUCCUGUAUCCAUGAGUACUACCUUUUUAAAAUACUAUUUAUACUGUAAAAACAAAAGUGUGUUUCCUCCCCCCAUAUUCAGAUGCUGAGUUAUGUUGAAACAUGAACCUGGAACUGUCAAAUGCCCUUCCUGGGUACAGGGGGUUUUCCCUCCUUUUUUUUUUUUGUUGAUUUUUAAAUCCCUCUUUUUGGAUUAGGAAUGACUUGUGCAGAUUUGGGGUAAUGACCAUAUUGAUGCCCCUUGGGCAUCAGACUCUUGAAAAGGAAAUAGGAAAUGCACAUUCCUACCCUUUCCUCCAGUGAAAUAUAUUUGUAAGUGUCUGAUUAUGUGCUAUAAAAAUUAUGAUUUUUUUUUCUUUCUCCCCCUAGAUUAAGGCUGUGAUGUAUUUUUUGCCUAUUUUUUUCUUUACCUCUAGGUUCAAAAUGAAUUAAAGGCUGUUGAGCAUUUCAGAA